AAAUUGAAAAAUACGACAAAUAUUUAAAGGAAAGAAAAAUUUUUUUAGCAGUUUUUUCCCAGUUUCCAAAAAUGUUUCCAAGAAGCCUAAUAGAAAUCAAAAUUGUAUUGAAAUAUGUGAAAUAGGCAUUAAUUCUGUUAAUUUUGCAAAAAAUAUUUCAUUAUCUACAGCAAAUUCAUAUUGAAAAAGGAAUUUUAUAUACAGAAGAGGAAUUUAGGAAAAGAGAAAAAUUGUUGAAAGGUUCUUUCUCUAUUUUAUUUUUCGCUUCUUUCCUCUUUUAUUAAAUGUCAAAUAGAAACAAUCUCGUUAUAUCUCAAUAUAACUGUUCCUUUUAACUGAUUUGUUACUUUUUUCUCUUUCUCUUCACUAGGAAAGGAAAAGGAGGAAAGUGUAGUGCAAGCUGGACGAGCAUCGCAUUCGUGUCAGGUCAGAUCCAGAAGUAUCGUCCAGAACGCAGACACGUGGAUAGUAACCAAUAGAAAGUUGACACGUCCUUACGCCCCCCAUGUAUUAAUUACUAUUGCCGGUGACGGGUUUAUCGUAUAGCUUAAUUCUCCUGUCAAUUGUUGCCAGGAGCACCUGAUCGCGAGAUGGAUUAUAUGGUGCUUUUUUCAAGCCUCGCAGUACUCUUGCUUUACAUAAGUUGGAUUCAAGCCAAGGGAACCCAGCAUGUAACCUGUGGCUCUGUACUGAAAUUAAUGAAUGUAGAUUACAAUGUGAGGCUACACUCCCACGAAGUAAAGUAUGGUAGUGGUAGUGGGCAGCAAUCGGUAACAGGUACCAAUGCCAAAGAAGAUGGUAAUUCCUAUUGGCUCGUUAAAGCUGAAUCAGGAAAGCAGUGUAUGCGAGGGAUGCCGAUUAAAUGCGGAGAUACUAUCAGACUGGAGCAUAUUGCAACAAAGAAGAAUCUUCACUCACAUCUCGUUAGCUCGCCGCUAACCGGAAAGCAGGAAGUUUCUGCCUAUGGGGAUGCCAGAGGAGAGGGUGAUACCGGCGAUAACUGGAUGUUGAUAUGUCACAAUGAUUUUUGGGAAAGAGAUGAUACAAUCAUGCUGAAGCAUAUUGAUACCGAAAAGUACUUGGCUGUUACUGGCAGAACUUAUGGUACUCCAAUUAGUGGACAGACUGAAGUAGUAGGCGAAUACUCUCCAAAUAGUCCACACACGCAAUGGUCGGUAAUGGAAGGACUGUUUAUUCAUCCCAGCGACUUCAAAGCACAGCAUUUUCUGCACACGGAAUUAUAAAGAUAAUUUUUAUAAAUGGUAACUCUUUCUACAAGGCAUGUAUAUAAGCGUUGCAGAGAAUGCGUGAAUAAACUAGGCGAAAGUGCAUCAUUAUAAUGUUAAGAAGUUAUCAGAAAAAGACUUAAAAUGUCAUUAAAUGACAUUUCUUUCUCGAGCGCAAUUUAUUUAUUGUGAUAAUAUUAAUGUUGUAUUUUUUUAGAAAACAGAAUCAGUUCCUUUUAAGUUGAAAAAAAUUACACAGAAUCAGUUGCUUUAAAAUUUUUUGUGAAUAAAAUUAUUUACAUUGAAUUUAAAUUUAACAAUAUUCUGAGCCCUACUAUCACAUUUUGCAUCAUUAUAAAUUUUAAUAUAUAUAUGUACUAUAUAUUUGAAUUAAAUUAAUAAAUUAAAUAAAUUAAAAAGUAUGAGUCUUCUCUUGUGUAUAAAAAUGAUCGUGUUAAAUAAAUUAAAGUUUAAAUAAAUCAAUUAAAAUAAAUUUAUUAUUUAGGAAAUCUAUAUUACUGUCAGGCAUAAAUAACAAAUAAAUCGAAUCAAGUAUAGAGCAUGAAACCGAAAAUUAUCAUAAAAAUAAAAUUAAUAAUAUACUUUAUAUAAAAUAUAUACUUAUACACAUGUUGGGUUAGCCUCAACAAACCUAAGUUCUAAAUCUUAUGUUAUAUUGAGAAAUGUGAGAAAUAAUUUUUAUUUAUUACACAAUCUGGAAAAUAAUUUAUGCUCAAUUAGACUUCUAAUCAAUAAUAUGAUAUUUCUGCUAAUCAUGAGGAGUAUUAAAAAAAAUAGUAGUGAGCUAAUUGGAAAAAUUACAAGUUCGAAAAGAAAUUACUGUAACCUCUUUUUAAGAAUAAUAUCUAUAAAAUUUUUAUUAAUAACUGAAAAUAUUAUUUGAUAAUUGUAAAAUGCGCUCCUAUCUCUGUGUUAUCCAUCAUGUAUGAAUGCAUAAUUAUGUUGUACAUAUGACUGUAUUUAUUGCUAUAUAAGUACAUAAUAAAGAAAUGUGUAUGUGUUAGAUAUUUAA